GCGAGAGUGGUUGCUACAGUUACGGAAACGCGUGCGGCUGCCACAGAAACCAAAGAAGACCAGAGGCACUCUGCCCAACAGCUGCGAUGGAACAGGUGCCAUCCGUAGGCAGAGUGGUGCAGAUCACUGUGACAGAUGGAUAUGAUUUGAAAGGCUCGAAAGGAGAUACUCCAGUUACUAUUAUUCGUACAGAAUUCAACCAGGUGGUUCUAGGAGACUCUGCAAAAACUACUGUUUCUCCCGAUGGAACUGCAAAGUACAACUUCACUAGCAGUUUUGAGUUCAGUCCUGAAGGAGGAAUCACUUUAGAUGACAUCGCCCACAAACCUGUAUUCUUAACCAUGACUGAAGUUUUACCAAAGGAAAAGAAACAAAAAGAUGAGAAGACCUUAGUUCUUGGUCAAUCCGUGGUGGACCUUCUUCCUUUACUGGAAGGAGAGACUUCAUUUGAAGUGAUGGUCCCUUUACACCUGGUGCAGGGCUCACCCUUGGAAACUCCUCGACCAGGCUUUAAGCAGUGCAGUCUUCAAGUUAAAGUGUUUGUGGCAGAGCCCUUACUGAGCACAGCCCAGGCCACGGGGAGCAAUCUACUGAAGGUCACCUUGGAGGCUGCUUACUCUGUGCCUGAGUCCUUCAAUCCACUAGGGCCUCCGCAGAACUACAUGGUGGGUCUGCAAGUUCCCGCGCUCGGAGAGAAGGACUCUCCUAUUUUAUUCAAAAAUGGGACCCUGAAGCUUGGAGGGGAAAGAGAACCUGUUCCCCGGCCCAAAAAAUGGCCUAUUGCUAACAUUCUUGCUCCAGGGGCCAAUAACAUUCCAGAUGCCUUCAUUGUGGGCGGCCCCUAUGAGGAGGAGGAGGGAGAGCUCAAUCACCCUGAGGACAGAGAAUUCAGGAGCCAAGCAGAGUACAUUAAAAAAAGGAUCGUUUGGGAUUUGGAAAGUCGCUGCUACCUUGAUCCUCAUGCGGUUUCCAGCUUUCAGAAAAGAAUUGCUGAUUGCCGGCUUUGGCCUGUAGAGAUCACAAGAGUUCCUCUGAUUAAUGUUCCCAAAGGGAAAGCUGGCAAGUCUGAUAAGAAUGAAGAUGAAAGUCUGCUUUCGUUUCAUGGCGUGGCUUACAUUAACAUGGUCCCACUGCUGUACCCAGGUGUGAGGAGGAUUCGGGGUGCCUUUCACGUUUACCCUUACCUAGACACUACUGUCUAUGAAAAGACCAAAUGUUUAUUCAGCUUGUUCCGGGAUACUGGGCAUCAUUUGAUUCAGAAUAAUAAAACAGGAGCAGUUAAUUCUCCAGUGCCCAAAUCAGUUGUUUCUAAGACACUGAAAGAAGACAAAGCAGUCAAGGAGAAGGACACAGAUGGAAAACUUAAGCCUGGUGAUGUGCAAGUUUCUAGUGUAAAAUCUCAGAGCUCAGAUACUCCUGUGGAAGGCGAACCCCCGCUAAGCCACAAUCCGGAAGGACAGCAGUAUCUAGAAGCGGGGACAUACAUUGUGUUGGAGAUUCAGCUGGACAAAGCCUUGGUUCCAAGACGAUUGCCAGAGGAGCUGGCCGGAAGGGUCAAAGAAAUGAUUCCUCCAAGGCCUCCUCUUACCCGCCGGACAGGAGGAGCUCAGAAGGCGGUGAGCGACUACCACACACAAAUCAAGAACAUUUCUAGAGCAAUUCUAGAUGAGUACCACAAAAUGUUUGGAAAGCAGGUGGCCAAACUGGGGAAUGAAAUAGACAGCGAAACCCUGGAGGAGCAGAAGUGCCAGCUUAGCUAUGAGCUUAACUGCUCCGGAAAAUACUUUGCUUUCAAAGAACAACUCAAGCAUGCUGUGGUAAAGAUCGUGAGAGAGAAAUAUUUGAAGACAACAUCAUUUGAAAGUCAGGAGGAACUACAGGCAUUUAUCAGUGAGCUUUAUGUGUUCUUGGUUGAUCAGAUGCAUGUGGCCCUAAAUCAGACUAUGCCGGAUGAAGUCCCGGGCUCUGCUGCAGCCGUCCCUACCAGCAGCGAGCAGCUUCGCCUCUUCGCAUUUGAAGCAGAAGUCAGUGAGGACUUUGACGCGGCAGCAGUGUACUAUGAAGAGAGGUUGGUCCAUGAGCCCCAGAACCUGGAGCACUGGCUGGAUUAUGGUGCCUUCUGCCUCUUAACUGAAGACAACAUCAAAGCACAAGAGUGUUUUCGGAAAGCUCUGUCCUUGAAUGAGAGUCAUAUCCACAGCCUGUUGCUGUGUGGUGUCCUGGCUGUCUUGAUGGAGAACUAUGAGCAAGCAGAAAUUUUCUUUGAGGAUGCCACUUGCUUAGAUCCAACCAAUGUUGUAGCCUGGACUCUACUUGGUUUAUACUACGAAAUUCAAAACAAUGAUAUUCGAAUGGAGAUGGCAUUUCACGAGGCCUCCAAACAGCUUCAGGCACAAAUGUUUCAAGCACAAGUAAUGAAGCAAAAGAGCACUGGUACUAUUGAAGAUACUGAAGAAGGAAGGAAAACAGAACCUAAUUUCGGUACUUGGGGAACCACAAAGGAUGCUUCUGUAACAGUUCUCAAGGUGGAGGCCCCACAAGGAUCUGGAGCAGUAUUUUCUACUGUUGAUAAGGUUCUUGAAGAUUCUCCCAAACUGCAGUCUGAGUCACAGGAGCCUAUACUAACUACACAAUAUCAGGAUUCAAGUAUUGGACCAAAACUAUCCACAAUGGCUUUCAAGGAGAUACCAGCCAAGAAAGAAGCAUCAAAAUGUCAAGAUCCAUCACCCUUUCCACAUCCCACCCCUCAUUAUGGCAUUUCCCAAACUCCUGUCACCAUCUUCAUGGAGACCGUACGCUUCUUGAUGAAAGUCAAUGCUGUGCAGUACGUGCACAGAGUGCUUGCACACGAGCUGUUGUGCCCUCAAGGAGGACCCAGCUGUGAGUAUUACUUGGUUCUAGCGCAGACACACCUUCUCAAGAAGGACUUUGCCCAGGCUGAGAAAUACCUUCAGGAAGCAGCCCAGAUGGAUUACCUGAAUCCUAAUGUCUGGGGCCUGAGGGGCCAUCUUUGUUUUCUGAGUGGAAAUCAUGCUGAGGCCAAGGCAUGCUAUGAACGAACUGUUAGUUUUGUAGUGGAUGCUUCUGAGAUGCACUUCAUCUUCCUGCGCCUUGGGAUCAUCUAUCUGGAAGAGAAAGAGUAUGAGAAGGCAAAGAAAACCUAUCUGCAGGCCUGUAAGAGAUCUCCUUCCUGCCUUACCUGGCUGGGACUAGGAAUCGCCUGUUACCGGUUGGAUGAGCUCACAGAGGCCGAGGAUGCUCUCUCUGAAGCCAAUGCACUGAACAACCACAAUGCUGAAGUAUGGGCAUAUUUGGCUCUGGUCUGCCUGAAAGCUGGACGUCAACUGGAAGCUGAGCAGGCUUACAAAUAUACAGUAAAGCUGAAACUGAAGGAUGAGGCUUUGCUUGAAGAGAUCCGCAUGGUACAGGAGAUGGUUGGAUUUGGAGAUCCAUCUUUCUGACAUUCUUAAACUGAAGA